GACAGAGCCGGCGGCUGUGGCGACUGGGAUGGCGAUGGCGGCGGGGACGGCGGAGGCAGAGGCGGAGGUGCAGGCGAUGGAGACGGCGGCAGCGGGGACGGUGGCGGCAGCGGCGGAGGUGGUGGCGGAGGCAGACGGCGGGGGCAGAGGCGGAGGUGGGGGCAGAAGCGUCGGAGACGGUGGGGGUGGCGACGGGGGUGGCGGCGGCAAGGGCGGAGGUGGCGGCGACGGGAAGGGCGGCGGUAGUGGGGACGGCGGAAGAGGAAGAGGGGACGGCGGGGGAGGGGAAUUCGGGGGGGGUCGAGAGAACCAACUUCCCAUCGGCGCACCUGUGGGCGUCAUCACGUGGCGCGGUGAGUAGAGGAGAGCAGAGAAGCACGAGGCCCCAGGCCUCGGCCCAGGCGUGAGCGCAGAUGUGGCAAUGGAGGCUGGCCGUGUGCAUGCGUGCACAGCAAGAGAGGCGGCCGAGCGUUCAGUGACGACCGCGCCGAGAUUCUCUGGGACACAUCACGGCGAGACGUCUCGUGUGG